AUGGAAGGGAAUUUGUCUCAAGGAGGUAUGGUUCAAGGUGAAAGUUCUUUUGGUGGUUUUGAUUUGCCUGGAUCAAUGCGGGUUCAUCGGCAAGGACAUCAUCCUCAUUCCAUGAAUCAGCAUCAAACUCAUCCUUGUCAAGGGCCUUCAGGUCAUUCCUCAGUUCCUGAUAGUUUUCCUCUUACAAUGGGAACCAUGCAGAACUGCGACCAGACAAUGUCAAUGACUGAGUUUAGUCAAGGAGAUAGAAACAAGAACUCACCAAGUGAUGAAAGUUUUGCUGAGGAAGGGGUUGAGGGUCAUCAUGAAGGAGCUAGAGGGAGAAAGGGAUUGCCUUGGCAGCGGGUGAAGUGGACUGAUAAGAUGGUGAGGCUUCUGAUAACGGCUGUUUCUUACAUAGGUGAGGAUGCAGCAUCUGACUGUGGAGGCGGAAGGAGAAAAUUUACAGUCCUACAGAAAAAGGGGAAGUGGAAAUCGGUUUCCAAAGUCAUGUCUGAAAGAGGUUAUCGAGUUUCACCUCAGCAAUGUGAGGAUAAAUUUAAUGAUCUUAAUAAAAGGUACAAAAAACUUAAUGAUAUGCUAGGCAGGGGAACUUCUUGUGAGGUUGUUGAAAAUCCUUCUUUAUUGGAUGUGAUAGAUUAUCUUUCUGAGAAAGAAAAAGAUGAGGUUCGAAAAAUAUUGAGCUCAAAACACCUCUUCUAUGAAGAGAUGUGUUCUUACCAUAAUGGUAACCGGUUGCAUUUACCCCAUGAUCCGGCAUUGCAACGAUCACUGCAGUUGGCUCUCAGAAGUAGAGAUGAUCAUGACAAUGAUGAUAUCAGAAGGUCCCAUCAUGAUGAUCAUGAUGAAGACGAUCUAGAAAUGGAAACUGAUGAUCAUGAUGACUUUGAGGAGAAUUAUGCUUCCCAUGCAGAUAGUAGAGGAGUCUAUGGGGAGGCAGGGCGACCUUUGAAGAGAUUGAAGCCAGGGCAAGGACAAGAAGAAGCUGCUACUUUUGGUUGUGCUUUAAACAGCCAAGGGUACAACAAAAGUUCAUAUCCUCAUAUGGUUCAAUCUGAUGUUAAUCAAGCUGCACCCGAAAAAAUGAGGGCAGCUUGGCUAAAGAAGCAAUGGGUUGAAUCUCGUUCACUUCAGUUAGAAGAGCAGAAGCUACAAAUUCAGGUUGAGAUGUUGGAGCUAGAGAAACAAAGAUUCAAGUGGCAGAUGUUUAGUAGGAAAAAAGACAGGGAGUUGGAAAAGUUGAAGCUGGAGAAUGAAAGAAUGAAGCUUGAAAAUGAACGUAUUGCUUUAGAACUAAAGCGGAAGGGAAAGGGAGCAAGUGCUGGCUUUAACUAG